AUGAAGGCCGAAGUCACCAGACAACACCAGGCGCUCGUUCAUGACUCUCAUCCGAGGCCGACGAGCCCGCGACCGCCGUCGGUAUCAUUCGAGGCGUUCAGCGGUCGAUACGAAAAUUCAGGCUACGGCACAAUCGAUUUCUGUUUCACUUUUAUGAAUAGGACAGCAGCAGAUCUUCUCUCACCAUGCGAUGAUUCAUCGACGGUACUCCCGGAUGCUAUCGAUCCCUCCGUGCCGACCCUUCUAGCGAAAUGGGACAAGACCUGGUCGACCCAUAUCAUGCUGACUCACUUCGAUGGAAAUCUCUUCAAUGUCAGCACUCUCGAAAGUAGACACACAAUCAAUGAUACUCAACCAUUUUGGACUGCGGUAGUGCAUGAAGGUAACAUCGUGACUGCGGAGUUUGCCUUUGGCCAGGAGGAGGAAGGCCAACGCUCAAUUAGCGGGUUCGGAUUAACAGGCGAUAUAUGGGGAGCAGGUGCUGAAGCUGGUACAAGAACGGGUGUGACUAUUCAGGACCGUGCAGAGGUGUGGUUUCACAAGAUCUAA